CCUCAAAAUGCCUCAAAUUAGUGAAUUUGCCGUGGAAAGGUGGAUGGACCAGCACGAAACUACCGCCACCCACAACCUCGCCGAAACCUGCUGUGCCUCCAUCUCACUCACCGACCUGGUUGCUCUCUCCGAGAACACCAUCGCCCCCGAGGAUCUCCUCAAGCCAGCUAAAAAGCUCACCUACGGUGCCAUCCGCGGCUCCGAGACCCUCCGCGCCAACAUCGCCAACCUCUACGCGCCCGCCCCCAUCACCAAAGACAACAUCCUCGUCACCAACGGCGGCAUCGCAGCCAACUUCCUCGCCUUGUACGCCCUCGUCAACCUCGGUGACCACGUCAUCGUACAGUAUCCGACCUACCAGCAACUCUACACCCUGCCGCGAUCCCUGGGCGCGGACGUCAGUCUAUGGCGAUCCGACGAGACGAAGAACUGGGAAGUCAACAUCGAUGAACUACGCAACUUAGUAACUGAUAACACUAAGCUGAUCAUCAUCAACACCCCCCAAAACCCAACCGGGGCCAUCCUCCCCCCAACCCUCCUAGAACAAAUCAUCGCCAUCGCCAAAUCCCACGACCUCACUAUCCUCAGCGACGAAGUCUACCGGCCUCUUUUCCACUCAUCCCCAUCCCCAUCCCCACCCUCCCUGCUCAGUUACAACUACCCCAAAACCCUCACCACCAGCUCCGUCUCCAAAGCCUACAGUCUGGCCGGGAUCCGGAUCGGGUGGAUCGCUUCCCCGGACCCCUCGCUGCUGGACCUUGUUGCUUCCGUCCGAGACUACACCACCAUCUCGGUGAGCGGGGUCGAUGAUCAUAUUGCCGGUCUUGCGCUGUCGCAGCCUACGGUUUCGAAUCUCCUGGAAAGAAAUCUUUCCCUGGCACGGGGGAAUCUAGAGAUUUUGAGUGCUUUCGUGGAGAAGUUCAGUUGGGCUGUAAAAUGGAAUAAGCCGGUUUCUGGAACGACUGCGUUUUUGAAGUUCGUGAAUCGCAGUGGUAAGGCACUAAACGACGAGGUAUUCUGCAAAAUGGUGAUGGAGAAAACGGGGGUGUUGGUUGUACCCGGG